GUCAAUCAGCAGAAUUUCAAAAUGAAUCUUCAGUUGUUUUUCUACUAGCAAAGAUGCAAUUAUAUUAUCAUUGCUUGCUAUACUUACUAAUAAUAACAUCAUAUGCAGUGCGUUGUGAAAAAGUAACCUUCAAAAAUGUAACCUUUAAAGGUUAUAGCUUGUACACAGAAAAAUUCAAGAAAACGAUUUCUUCGGGGAGCAGUUUGAAGGAUUAUCUGCCUGAAACUACGUUUGAUGGGAUAGAGUUCAAGGACCAGAAUAUACCUGUGCUAUACAAGGAUUCAUUGGCAGACCUUCAUGGACUGGAUGAACUGAAAAUCGAAUCUUGUGGUGUGGAAGAGGUACAACCUGGUUCAAUAAGAAAUGCACCAAAUUUGUUUUGGUUAAGUCUAAAAGGCAACCGAAUAAAGGAAAUCAAGGAAGGAGUAUUCGAGGAUUUACCUGUAUCGAUGUUGGAUCUUAGUCACAACCUUUUGACAACUAUUGACAGCUAUGCAUUUGACGGAGUGCCUCUCUUGGUCAGUCUCGAUCUAGAAGCUAACCAAAUAAGCACCUGGAAUCGAAGAUACGGUGUCAGAGACAUCAAAGCAAGUGGCGGCAAAAUAUUUGUCAAAUUGACCUACUCCCCAAGAGCAGCGACGUUAAAGCGACAAUUCGGCUUGCUGCCUAUCAAAUAUCUCCGAACUAAAUUAGAUAAAGAUGCAGAAUUCCAAGUAUUAGAGCGAAUAGUUAAAAAAUAUAGAUUCAAUUUAUUAGACGAGCAGUUAGAAGAUAUUAGUAGGCAGCAAGCGAUACAGGAUCGACCAGGGACAAGUGGUGGUGGUGGGGGUGCAAGUAUGCAGAAGAAGAGAAAGUUGUAUCUAGAACCACCUGUCCUGCAACAUGUGGAAGAGGAGGAGAAGGAGGAGGAGGAGGAAGAGCAUGUUAUUCACAGAAAAAAAAACACACACACACACACACUGUGUCCAUUCAAUACAAGUUCAACAUAUUUUUCAAAAAACUUUUACAGUACUAUUUAAUGGAUUAUAUUUUACAAGACAAUCAUGUAAUAUCAGACAAAAGGUGGUAUAUUUACUGCCGUUUCAAAUUCCAAUCUAAUAUCAACAGAACCCGAUUUUAGUGUCUCGUUUUGCCUACUACAGUCAAUAACAAAAAGCGAGGUUGCAUCAAUGAACUGUUUCAAGUUUUGACACGGCUCACUGGAAUUUCUAUAAUAAUAAGACUGCUGAAAGUUCACACACAUUUCAUACAAGAUACUAAAAUAAUUUCUGUUCAUAUUAAAAGUUACAUUGUCAUAUGGAUAAAUUUCAGAAUUCAAAAAUAAUAUGUUGCUCAGGUUACAGUGAUCAAAGUGACUCAAGUGUUUAGUCAGCUGUCCUUUCCGAUCAGUUUGAACAGCAACAAUAACGAAACGUGGCUUUUCCAAUUGAUUGGUAGCCCUGACAUUCCAUGUAUGUUUAUUUGUCUGUUGUAAAACGGGGUACUCAUGCAACUCCCAACUCCUGAAAGCUAGUUGUAAGUCCCUUCCUUUCUCUAUGUACUUCAUAAGGUGUAAUUCUUCAGUAUCUGCAACUUGAAUGUGUGUAAUUCUCCAUAGUAUUCUGUACAGAUCUAAACGAGGUUUCUCGCCAGGUGUUGUCGUUACAAUUGCAUUCACAUCCGUGGAGCUUCUUAUAAGGACCAAUUCCUGUCUAAUGUUGACUAGUACUUUUUAAAGUCUUCAAAAAACCCAUGAGAUUCUUCAGUGAAAUCGUUACACUAAAAUAACCUUCACUGUUCCGUAUUUCGGGUAAUUCUUGAUGAUUCCAGCCUGCAUGUUGGUAACUAUUACCUUCAUUGUUUGUGAAAGAUACCAGUCCAUUAACGGUGCUUGUUAUACCAGGAUUGCGAACUCUAUCAACAACUAUACCUCCAAUUUCAUAUCUUAAUUCAUCAAAUAAAAAUGACACAAAAUUAUUGACAAGACACAAUGUUGGUGACCAUUUCUUCUCCUUUGCCUCUACUAAUCUUCCUUCAAUGUACAGUGAGCUAUUACAAGGUAGUGUAUAGAUAUCUUGUGUUUGUAUUGGUAUUCUUAUUUCAUCUGAAUUAUUGAAAGUUGUAUUAGCGUAUGGUGGAUGGCUAUGCAUUUCACAAUUGGUAAUUGAAUUAUCCAUAAGAAUAUUUUCACCUAUGUUGAGAAUAUUAAAGUUCAGAGUAGAGUGCUGAUUUUAUGCGAAGUAUCAAUUCAGCAGUGCUGGUGUUGCUGCUGCUGCUGCUGCUAUUACUAUCACUAUUGACCGUUUGUUCUUGAUAUGCGUCAGCCACACUUAUGCAAUCACCUUAAAGCCAAGCCACUGUAGAAAUUGUAUAUUUUCGGAUGUUAAUGCCUUGCUUCCUUGUUUACUACUAACUGUUUUACCAGCAUGAAUUUGUUUAUUAAUAGUUGGGGUUGAUCUAUUUUGACCUUUAUUCUUGUUGUUGUUGUUGUCGCUGUUAGCUGAGCUCAACGGUACUACAAUGUUAUAAAGGAAUACCAAACUAAAGUUCUUUUAAAUGUACUCUUAUCGUUAUCACUUCUCCUUUAAAAUUAACCAAAUUUCCGUCUUGAUCCACUACUUUAAGCACUAUUUCAUCAAUGUAAUGGCUAUUUAUUGGUAGAUAAAUGAUAUUUGAUACUUUUUCUAUUAUGAGAGAUCGACUAGGUACGUUAGGGUAGAACGUAUGCAGCGUGUGAACAGCAUGAUCAUUUAUAAAAGAAUUCGUUAUCAGAUUACAUUCCACACAUAUAGACUUCACUUUGGAAAAAUUUAUAGGAAAAUCUGAGAUGUGUAGUUUAUGUGGACUCAAUUUUCUCUUACUAAACCCUAAUAACUCACUUAUUGUACCAUCUUGCUCAAAAUCGAUGAGUCGGUUAAUUUUAAUUUCAAACCAUAACGUAUUUAAAUUAGUUCGCAUGUAAUGUUGUGUGUCAGGCUGUUUAUCAUCUUUGACAAUUGCAUUUGAACUUAGAGAUGGUUUUUAUUUUUGUUGUGGUUGUUGUUGUUGUUGUUGUUGUUGUGGUGGGGACAUCCUCCUUUUUUUAUUUUGUUCACCUACCCGUGGUUUGAUUCUCUCUUUAAUAAAUUCUAUAGUGUCUUUGAUUUCAUAGCUACCUUCAGGUACUGUUACAACCUGAUCAUCAAUAUGAAACUUAUUAUUUGUUAUAUCUAUGUUGGGUAUUGUGUUUAAAGUUAAAAAAUCAAUAGGACCUAAAGCGUACGUUUUACUAUUGUCGAGUACUAUAGGUGAAUAGAUUUUAGCUGAUAACACAGACUCUCUACCAGAUAAGGUAAAUGUAUACAUUAUAUGAACCGAUCAAUGGUCGUGAAUGAAAUAAACAAGUGUUAUUAUGGUAACCAGUAUUUAUUCACUUUUCAGAAAACGUAAACACAAUUGACC